GACAAAACUAUGAAAUUUUGUCACAUACAAUUAUAUAAAUAUCUACUGUAUGUUUGAAAAGUCCAUUUCAAUUUCCCCUAUAAAUAAAUUCCUGCAUACAUGUUUAUAAUCAAUCCAGAACAACUUAAAGUCCUAAACAAAGAAUAACUACAAAAAUAAUGGGCAAUGUUACUGAGAAUGCUGAGCUCCUGCAAGGCCUAUCUGAAGUAUACAAACAUGUAUUUGCCUUCACAGAAAGCCUUGUUCUAAGAUCUGCAGUUGAACUCCGAAUUGCAGAUAUCAUACACUCCAAUGGCCAACCAAUGAGCCUAUCCCAAAUCGCCUCGAAAAUAGACUCAUCUCCCUCCAUUAAUAUCACAAACCUUGAACGUAUCAUGCGAAUGCUAGUCCGAAAGAAAAUCUUCAGUUCAUCAGCCGAACCCACGGCCCUGUAUGGUCUAACCAGUACCUCAAAGUGGCUUAUACAUGACCAGGAAUUAAGCCUUGCUCCUGUUCUCCUCACCUUCACCCACCCUACAAUGACAACUGCUUGGUACCAAAUUAGCCCUUCGAUAAAGGAGAAUGGAACCGCUUUUGAGAUGGCUCAUGGUGAAUCCUUUUGGGAUAUGGCAUCUAGUAAUCCUGAAUUCAAUAAAUUGUUUAAUGAUGGCAUGGCUUCUGGGACUAAACCUGUGCUAGAUAGUAUCAUUGAAGGGUAUAAGGAUGGAUUUAGUAAGUUGGAAGGUACUCUUGUUGAUGUUGGGGGUGCCCUUGGUAAGGUAGUGUCCAAGAUUGUUGAGGUUUACCCUCAUAUUAAGGGUAUUAACUUUGAUAAGCCUAAUGCUUUUGCAAAUGCUCCUCAAUACCCUGGUGUCAUCCAUGUUGGUGGUGACAUGUUUAAGGAGGUACCUUCUGCAGAUAAUGUUUUCAUCAAGUCUGUUCUAAUUGAUUGGCCGGAUGAGGAAUGCAUAACGAUCCUAAAGAAGUGUAGAAAAGCAGUUGCUGAGAAGAAAGGAAAGGUGAUUAUUGCUGAAAUUAUUCUUCAUCCAGAUCGAUAUGAGAUGUUCGAUGAUGUAGCCAUUUCACUUGAUCUUUUGAUGAUGACAAAUUUCAAUGGUGGCAAAGCGAGGACUGAGAAUGAAUGGAUGGAAUUGUUGAAGAAAGUAGGCUUCACUGACAUCAACAUCAUCCCACUUCCAAGUAUAAUGUCCAUCAUAGUCUGCGUCUAAUCAGGAUUUUACCAAGAUUAGAAAUUGUCUGUCACAUUUUCGAGAUUGAGCAACCAAUUAUGUAAUAAAAUAACAAAUAAGAAAUCCCUGAUAUACUGUUAUGUACUCUACAAUGCCGUCUUUGUUGGAAUAAAUCAAGUGUUUUUGUUGCA